CAUAAAAAAACAAUUCUAAAAAGGGAAAAAAAAAAAAAAACUCCCAUUUAGAGGAAGAAAGAAACACGGUGCCUUUGUCCUCAGACCAAAUACUCUGUCUCUCUUUCUCUCUCUCAUAAAAACACUUUCUCUUUCUAUCUGUUUCUUCAUCUUUUGAUCUUUCGUUGUUGCGUUUCUUCUUUACAAUCUAAAUUUUUUUGGGUCAAUUUCUUUUAAAUCCAAUUUGCUUUUUUUGGUGAGUUUUCGUUUUUUUUUUUGUUGCAUGGUUUUUAUUUAUAAUCUAUAGAAAAGAUUCAAUCCUUUUUUUAUAUAUAAAAUUGGGUUUUGUUGAUCAUCUUUGGAUCCGUCUGGACUUCCAAUUUUCUGAUUCUUAUCUUUUUCGACUGUGAAUGAGAGAAAAUAAAAUUAAAAAAUGGGAUUGGAGUCAGCUGGUGGGUUCCUUGAAAAAUCACUGAAGUUUCAAUCUUGACUUCAAAACUGCAAUUCAAUUACUGAUCAGAAUUGGGGUUUUUCUUGCCUUUUUCGUGUUUUGAGUGGUUUCUAUUUUAAUGGAGCUAUUGGGGAUAAUAGUAAAUUUUGGGGAUAGGAAAGAUUGAUUCUUUUUUUGGGGGAUAGCUAUGGAUGAGGUUGGUCCUAGUAAUCAAGGAGAGCCUCAGGGGGCCUCAGAAUUGGGCUCAGACGAAGGGUCUGCAGUACGGUGGCGGCCGAGGCAGCUGGUUUUUGGGCCUUAUUCACCUAAAAAUGAAGCUGAUAGAAAGCUGCGUGUUGUUGUCAGGAGGCCUUUGGUGGCAAGACUGACAAAGGACAUAAUUGAAACGUACCAAAUAUGCAAUCCACAAUUUAAAUAUUCAGAAGAAUUGAACCCAAAGCGGUUUUUGACUAGCCCAUCUGUUGGUGUCCUCAAUGAUGGCUAUGACAAUGUGAACUCAGAUCUUAUUCUAACAGUGAACUUUGUCUUGAUCAAUUUAGAUACACAGCGAAGAUAUAUUGUCAAAGAUGUUCUUGGCCAUGGGACUUUCGGGCAGGUUGCUAAAUGCUGGGUUCCAGCCACAAGCUGUUUUGUUGCUCUGAAGAUAAUUAAAAACCAACCUGCUUAUUAUCAGCAGGCACUGGUUGAAGUUUCUAUUUUGACAACGUUAAACAAAAAGUAUGAUCCGGAAGAUAAGCAUCACAUUGUCCGUAUUUAUGAUUACUUUGUUUAUCAACAUCAUUUGUGCAUUUGUUUUGAACUCCUUGACACAAAUCUGUAUGAGCUUAUCAAGAUAAAUCAUUUUAGAGGUUUGUCAUUGAGCAUUGUUCAGCUUUUCUCGAAGCAGAUUUUACGUGGACUGGCUUUGUUAAAAGAUGCUGCAAUAAUUCAUUGUGAUCUUAAGCCAGAAAAUAUUCUUCUGUGCACAAGUGUCAAACCAGCAGAAAUUAAAAUAAUUGACUUUGGAUCAGCUUGCAUGGAAGAUCGGACUGUUUAUUCCUACAUUCAGAGCCGGUAUUAUAGGUCUCCUGAAGUUCUCCUUGGAUAUCAAUAUACGACAGCUAUUGACAUGUGGUCCUUUGGCUGCAUAGUUGCCGAACUCUUUUUAGGGCUGCCGUUAUUCCCAGGUGCUUCAGAAUUCGAUAUUCUAAGGCGAAUGAUUGAAAUACUUGGAGAGCAACCCCCUGAUUAUGUUCUAAAGGAGGCAAAAAACACAACUAAGUUCUUUAAGUGCAUUGGGAGUAUCCACAAUAUAGAGAAUGGUGAAGUCUACAUUGGUGGUAGAAGUGCUUACCAAGCAUUAACAGAAGAAGAAUAUGCAGCUAGGGAGUUAAAAAAACCAUUGAUUGGGAAAGAGUAUUUCAAUCACAAGAACCUUGAAGCAAUUGUUGCAAACUAUCCUUACCGGAAAAACUUGCUUAAAGAAGAUAUCAUUAAAGAGAAUCAAAUACGAUUAGCUUUGAUUGAUUUCUUGAGGGGACUGGUUGAGUUUGAUCCAGCAAAACGGUGGUCUCCUUUCCAGGCUUCAAAACACCCUUUUGUUACUGGAGAACCUUUCACUUGCCCGUACAGACCUCCCUCUGAGACCCCUCGCUUGCCUGUUGCUCAAAACAUUAAAGUGGACCAUCACCCUGGCGGAGGGCAUUGGUUUGCAGCUGGUCUUUCCCCUAAUAUUCCAAACAGGAACAGAGUUGCCUUUCAUAACAGCCCACACUUCCCAAUGGUGCCAUAUGGUCAUGCUAAUAGCUAUGGCAGUAUAGGAAGUCAUGGUAGCUAUAAUGAUAAUAUUGGGCUUGGAAGCAGCUAUGGUAGUUAUGGAGAUAGUUCUAAUAUGUUUGCAUAUUAUUCUCCUGUUGGUCCAUCUGCAAUGAACAUGCAUGCACAGAGUGGUGCAUCAAUGUUUGGAAGUAGUCCUGAUGCUAGACUGAGAAUUAUGCAGUACUCUCAUGGUAAUGGACUUGGUGUGAGUCCAUCAGCUGGAAACUUUGCACCCCUUCCCCUUGGCACUAGUCCCUCACAAUUUACUCCUCCAAGCUCCUACAGUCAAGUUUCAGGUGGGUCUCCUGGACAGUAUGGUCCUACUUCUCCUGCAAGAAACAGUUGUCAAGGGUCACCUUUGAGUAAGAUGGCUGCAGCUGGUCAGUUUAAUAGAAGAAAAAGUUGGGGAUAUUCUGGUAGUUCCCAAUCUCAAGAGAGUUCAUCUUCAAACUGGCAAGGACAAGUAACUGAUGGCACCAUUUCUAGCCAAGCUGAGGGAAACUCUCAAGUGGUCGGUGGUCUGCCCUCUCAUAUACAAUCAAAUUCUAACACAGCCAACUGGAAGCAACAGCGAGGUGGCAUUGGAAUCGCUACAGGUUACUCAAUUGUUCAGAAUAUACCCAACUCCAUAGGACUUGGUUCUAAUGUGCAACUGCAGCAUAGCACAGGAGGAACUCAAGACAAGUCAGAGGCCAGCAUGUCAUUGCCUGAUCCUGCAGAUUGGGAUCCAAAUUAUAGUGAUGAACUUCUUCUGCAAGAGGAGAUAUCAGAUGAGAGCUGCAUAUCAGCUGACUUUAACAGGGGAAUGCAUAUUGGUUUGGCUGAUUCGUCUGUUGGAGUUGGAAGAUUCAACCGUACCUCAUCCAUCAGCUCAAAUUUAUCAAUUCAAAGACAAAAUGGACCUAUAGGAUUUUCACAUGUAGAAGUGGGUAGCCCUCCUUCAGCUAAUGAUAUGCAUGCUGGACAUCCUCGUUUUAUGUCAAAGCAUUCUCAAUUCAUGCCACAUAUGACACAAAAUUCUCCUAGCCGAUUGGGGCAGCAAACUGUUCACCGGUUCAAUCAUGGGAGAUCCACUGGUGGUAGGGGUAGCGAAUGGAAUCAUGUGAAAGUCCAGCUCCCUCCUUCUAGCUUGAAUUCUGGGGGCCCACGUUCUCCUGGAAAUAGUUCAUUCAGUAAUGGCAUGCCAUGGGGGCGUAGGGCCAAUCAUCCCGUCUCAAAUAUUCCACCAGCAUCUCGUGGAAGAAAGGACUAUGGAAGGAUUGCCUAAUGUUGGAAUCAAUUUGAUUUUUUAUGGCGUGGGAUUAUGUAUUGGGUGUUUGGCAAGAAAUGUGUACUCAAUAGUUCACUUAAUUAGUGGGCUCAUUAUAAGCAAAUGCUCAUCCAGACCAUGCUCAUUCAUUAUGCUUUGCAUAAAUAUAAUUUAUGGUGGUUGUUUUGCA